GGGUUUUUUACCGACGGAAUCAAGAUGGCGACUCUGGCGAAAGCGCCAAUAUAUCUCCUAAAGUAAAUGUCCAAAACUAACCGAAUUAGCGGGGUUUUCCCUUGUCAGGUUGGGGUUUGGUAAAACAUGGCGGCCGGGGGCAUGUCUUCGAAGCGGAACUGAGUGGUAAUUUUACCGUAGUGAAGCCACCGAGAUGUGCGAGAACUAUGCCCGCUCGCUGCUGCGUGUUUCGGUGGCGCAGAUCUGCCAGGCUCUGGGCUGGGAUGCGGUGCAGCUCACUGCCUGCGAUCUGCUGUCCGAUGUGCUGCACAGGUACAUCCAGCAGCUGGCAAAGGUUUGCCAUCGCUACUCUGAGCUGUAUGGAAGAACAGACCCGGUUCUGGACGAUCUCAGCCAGGCCUUCAGACUGAUGGGGGUCAACCUGAAUGAACUGGAGGACUACGUCAACAACCUGGAGCCGGUGGCCUUCACCCAUCAGACACCCAUCUUUCCUGUCAGCAAGAACAACGUCCUGCAGUUUCCCCAGCCUGGAGUAAGAGAUGCAGAAGAAAGAAAGGAUUAUAUUCCAGAAUAUAUGCCGCUCCUGGUCUCCUUACAGGAAGCAGAAGAGGAGGAGGAGGAGGUGCCUCCUGACAUGGGCACCUCGGCUGAGGCGAUGCAGGUGGCCUUGGAGGAAGAGGAGGAUGAAAUGGAUGAAGAUGAGAUGGUGAACGACGAGAACCACCCACUGAAGAGGGACCUGGAAAGUCCGGACGCGGCUCUGGGCAUGAUGGCCUCCAAGAGGCCGCGCAUGUACCCUGGACUGAGCCCAGAGUGGGGGGUGGAACCCAGGGAGCCUCUUUCUUCUCUUAACUCCCAGCGUGUCCCGCCUGGCAUCCUGCCGUCCCACGAAAGCCUGGACGCCCUGUCCCCGGAAACGCCGCCGGGAGUCCUGCCUCCUUUCAGGCCUCAGCCGGCGGUACCGAAGCACUCGGAUCAGAAGGGGCUGACCACCCCGGUUAGGAAGCCUAAAGUCUCAUCUCCUGGGAGGCAACGGACUAAGUCCCCGAAGGGGGGGAUUGCAGUUCCGGUCGGGGGCAGUCCCAUACAUUCUCCCAAACCACCGAAGGAGCGGAAAAAAUCCCCGGGCCGGACCAAGAGUCCGAAAAGCCCGAAGAGUCCGAAGCUGAGCGCCCUUAAAGCACCCCCCCCUCAGAUCAAAGCGGAAAGUCUGCACAAGCUGCCGCUGCCUGCGCUGAGCGAAAGGAUGGGGAAGGACAACGUCCACCUGCGCCCGGCCGCAGAGGACCUGCAGUUCCCCGAAGGAUCCUUCAAGAAGCUGGAGCCGGAUAACACCGCCAUCGAAGACUCCAUCGCCGCCGUGAUCGCUAGGGCUUGCGCCGAGCGCGAACCCGAUCCCUUCGCCUUCUCAUCUGGCUCUGAUUCCGACAGCAACGGCUUCUCCAGCCCCAGGAGGCUGACCAUCAUGGAGCCGUCCACGCCGAAGGGCCCCCCCGGCGCCGGGCCGUUUAUAAAGGACACUUCAACACCACUUCACCCACACGCGCAUACAGGUCUGGGAAACUGGACCCUGGACGACUCGAUCAACGAGGUGGUGCGCAGAGCCAACCAGGGCGGCCCUUCCGCCGCCGCCGCUCCUCCUCUGCCGCUGCCGCCUGCCAUCCCAGCCGGGUACGUAUCGUCGGGAUCAGCCUCGCCGCCUACCCCCGAGCCGUUGCUCAAGGUGUUUGAGAAGAGCAAGAUUAUUCCACCUCCCGACGUGAAGAAGAAGCUGAAGAAGGAGCUUAAAACCAAGAUGAAGAAGAAGGAGAAGCCGAAGGAGAAAGAUCGGGAAAAAGACAAAAGCAAAGUCAAGGAGAAGAACAAGGAGAAAAACAAGGCCAAAAAAAUGGAGUUCCCCAAGGAGAUGAAUAUUCCUUUUCACAAGGAGUUUGGAGGGAAGGAGGAAGACCUCUUCAUGCCGCGAGACUUCACUCUGCCAGAGGGCUCCAUCAAGAUCAAAUCACGAGACGGGGAUGGCUCCAAAAAGGACAAGGAGAAGCACAAAGACAAGAAGAAGGACAAAGAGAAAAGCAAGAAGGACAAAGACAAGAAGGAGAAGAACAAGGACAGGAACAAGGAGGACAAGCAGAAACAGUCGGCUCUGUCCACCUUUUCGCUCGGCGACAUCCCGCCGCUCUUCAGCCCAUCCACCUGCCUGCGGAUGCCUCCCAUGCUGCCGUCUCUGGCUCCCAUCCUCCACGAGAAGGAGGCGAAGAGCAAGGAGAAGGAGAAGAAGAAAGACAAGAAGGAGAAGAAGAAGAAGAAAGACAAGGACAAGGAGCGGGAGAAGGCAAAGGAGAAAGAGAGGGAGAAGGAGGAGAAAAGGAAGGAGAAGGAGAAAGAAAAGGAGAAACGGGAGAAGGAGAGAGAAAAGGAGAAGGAGAAAAUCCGGAUGGAGAAGGUAAAGAUGGAGACUCCAGCCGUCCCUCCGUCUCCGGUCAUCCCCAGGCUGACCCUCAGGGUGGGAGCCGGUCAGGACAAGAUCGUCAUCAGCAAAGUGGUUCCAAACUCGGAGCCAAAGCCUGCAGGAACCAAGGCUCCUGCUGCCAAAAUGGGUCCAGGGAGCCGCCCCCGGACGCCGCCUCUGCCUCCAGUGCUCCCCCCAGUGGUCCCCACUCUGCCACCGCCCUCCCCGCUGCCGCCCGCUCCUCCCCCGCCGUCCUCUCUGCACCCGCCGCCCUCCAUGAUGCCCCCCUCCGCCAAGACGCCGGUCCGCAGCGUAGUGACGGAGACCGUCAGCACCUAUGUGAUUCGGGAUGAAUGGGGAAACCAGAUCUGGAUUUGUCCCGGAUGCAACAAACCGGAUGACGGCAGCCCGAUGAUUGGAUGUGACGACUGUGACGACUGGUAUCACUGGCCUUGCGUCGGGAUCCUAACACCGCCACCGGAGGACCAGCCGUGGUUCUGUGUCAAAUGUUCCAGUAAGAAAAAGGACAAAAAACACAAGAAGAAGAAACACAAACCGCACUGAGACUAUGCAAACGUAAACAGAUUGGCACAUUUUGGAAGUUGCUCAACUAAAGCCAUUGCUGAUCGCUGGUGGCUCUGCUGUAAGGAGAAAGUAGAAAUCUGUGCCUGACAUUGAAUUGUGGGGAUUAUUUUUUAAAAGGAGGUUUGCCACCGCGCUUCGUGAGCUGCUGAGAGGAGGAAAAAACAGCUUUAACCAGCACACAGUCGGCCUUGGCCCUGCUGCAGGGCGGUUAACCCUGCAUCACCUGCAAAAUGUUCCCCUCCGAUGUCGUUUCCUCGGCUGUUUGCCAAUCCUGGCAACCAAGUUAGUGAAAACGGCCUCAGAGCAGCGUCUCGCCGACGGACCUUCCUGCAGCUUUUCUACAUUUUGAAAUGUCAUGUAUAUAUAAAGAUGAUCGCAUCAGGCAUGUAUAAAUAUGUAAAUACCACCUUAAAAGCCAAGUGCAUUUUGUUCUUAGGAUUGUGUCUCGUUUGAAUCACUUUCUUUCAUUGGUUUUUAAAAUCCAACCGUUUCCUUGUAAUAUCUGUACAUUUUUUUAAAUUUAAACUUUGUAUUUUUAAUUUUAACUUUUUCUUUUCUUCACACGGAUUAGUCUCGGAGUCAUAUACUGUAGCUGUGCUUGUAAUGUAAAAUCAUUUUUUGCUGAUAUUUCCAUAUUAAAGGUGAACCAUCUGUGUCCACGCAGGCUUAAAGAAACUAACCUGUUUUCACCUCUUAG